UUCCCUUCUUCUAGCAUCUUGCCUCUAGCUUCUGAAGCAGAAAGCAUCAAGAUAAAGACACAAAAUGACUGAGUUCUGGCUGAUUUCUGCUCCUGGGGAAAAAACCUGUCAACAGACAUGGGAGAAACUACAUGCAGCAACUACAAAAAAUAACAAUCUUUCCACUAAUUCGAAGUUCAAUAUUCCGGACUUGAAGGUUGGCACACUGGAUGUUUUGGUUGGUCUGUCAGAUGAGCUGGCUAAACUGGAUGCGUUUGUGGAGGGAGUUGUAAAGAAAGUGGCCCAGUAUAUGGCUGAUGUUCUAGAAGACAGUAAAGAUAAAGUUCAGGAGAAUCUUCUGGCUAAUGGAGUUGACUUGGUCACCUAUAUAACAAGAUUCCAGUGGGAUAUGGCCAAAUACCCAAUCAAGCAAUCCUUGAAAAAUAUUUCAGAAAUUAUUGCAAAGGGAGUGAACCAGAUUGACAAUGAUCUGAAAGCAAGAGCCUCAGCAUACAAUAAUCUGAAAGGGAACCUUCAGAAUUUGGAAAGAAAGAAUGCGGGAAGCUUGCUAACCAGAAGUCUUGCUGAUAUUGUAAAGAAAGAGGACUUUGUACUUGAUUCAGAAUAUUUGGUCACGUUAUUAGUGAUUGUACCGAAGUUAAAUUAUAAUGACUGGGUUAAACAAUAUGAAACACUAGCAGAGAUGGUUGUACCACGUUCCAGCAAUGUACUCUUUGAGGAUCAAGAUAGUUACCUUUGUAACGUAACCUUGUUCAGGAAGGCAGUGGAUGACUUCAAGCAUAAAGCCAGAGAAUAUAAAUUUAUGGUCCGUGACUUCCAGUAUAAUGAAGAAGAGAUGAAAGCAGAUAAAGAAGAAAUGAAUAGACUGUCAACUGACAAGAAGAAACAGUUUGGGCCUCUGGUUCGGUGGCUGAAAGUUAAUUUCAGUGAAGCUUUCAUUGCAUGGAUUCAUGUGAAAGCACUACGAGUUUUUGUUGAAUCUGUUUUAAGGUAUGGUUUGCCAGUUAACUUCCAGGCAAUGCUGCUUCAGCCUAAUAAGAAAACAAUGAAGAAACUGAGGGAGGUUUUGUAUGACUUAUACAAACACCUUGACAGCAGUGCAGCAGCUAUCAUUGAUGCAACUAUGGAUAUUCCAGGCUUAAACCUCAGUCAGCAGGAGUACUACCCAUAUGUGUACUACAAGAUCGAUUGUAAUUUGCUGGAAUUCAAGUAAAAGCUCCCUAACAUGACAAUCUCCUCAGUGUUGGUGUAAACAUACAGAAGUGAGGUCGAAGUACAGUAAUACUUUUAACACUCUACUAAUCAUAUGCUUGCUUCUUAUGUUAGGUGAAUUUAACACACAGUGGUCCAUCUCUAGACAUUCUCUUUUUGAAGAACAGUGUAGGUAAUCUGCUCUUAACCAAUUAUGUCUGUAAAUGUAUAUUGAGAGAACUGAAGUAUUUAUAAACAGAGUGAUUUAUUUAAGAAAAAGCUCAUUCCUCUUUCAUAUGGUGGUCUGUGUUAAUUCCAUUUAUCAUUGUUUAUAAAAAAACUUGUUUACAGAAGAAUAGUGUAAAUGUUCAUGGCCAUUUUGUUUAUUUGAUUUAGUAGAUACAAUUGUGUUAACGUUAUUGAGCUGUGAUGUAAAGUAUGUAAAAUUGGUAUGAAAUUGUGCUUUCUGAAUGGUUUAAAAUUACAAUUGAAGCACUGUAAACACAGGAAAAAAUAAAUAUACCUGUGCAAAUGUGUCA